AUGAUUGAAAAUAUUUCUGAUGCUUUUGCGAUUAUUGCUGGGUCCCCUACUGGAAAUCCUUACGAUUUUGGUUCGUGUAUGCAUUAUUCUAAUGGGGCAUUUUCUAAAAACAACAAAUAUUUUUUUUAA